AUGCAGUUCUCGCUUGUCGCCGCCAUCUCCCUCCUCGCGUCCGCCGAGGCUGCUCACCUGUGGAGCGGGCCCCGUGCGAAGCUCGUCAAGACCAAGCAGGCUGUUGCUUCCAACUACACAUGGACCGUGUCUGGCUGGAGUGCCGGUUGUGCCCGGGCGGGCUGCUACUAUGACUUCAACAUCAGUGCCCCGGCCUUUUCGGAGUCAGUGCCCGCAUUCAACGCCUACUGCUCGGGCUCCGGCGAGGGCGCCCCCUACGACGACUGUCAGAUCCUCGACGACAACAGAAACCCUCACCAGGUUGCCGCCCGCCUGCAGGCCGUCAACACGACCGGCACAGGGGCUCACUUGGCCGUGAGCUACGAGUUUGCCGACCCCACUGCUGAUGGGACAUACUGGAACUACACGGGCUACGCUGUCUCGUCGUACAACCAAUUUGUGGCGCCGCUGUUGACAUUCAACGUGGAGCCCACUGAGAUCUGGGGUGUCGCUUGA